GAAUUUUUGUAGUUGUUUUGAAUAGCGGCAAUUUGUUUUUCCAUGUUCGCAUGAUAAGUAUUCGAUUACAAUGAUACCUGAAGGCUUACCGGAUUUAUUAGAGAAGUUUACUGAGAAGGUCAUCAAAGAUAAGCCGAAUAAUCUUGUUGAGUUCGCUUCUAGCUACUUUAACAAUCUUUCACUCGAAGCAAAGAAAAAUAAUGUAGAAAAUCGCAUGGGUUAUACAGGUUCACGUCGUCAGAGUGUGGCAUCUGAAAGUAUCAAUCCAGCUACACUAACUGAUUUGGAAUCUGUUGUUUAUCCAAAGUCUGUGGCUCAAAAACUUCGUUUAAUGUCUGUCGUGAAACAAAUUUUUAUAUUUCGAUCACUGGAUGAAAAUCAACUUAGAAGGGUAAUCGAUGCAAUGAAGGAGACACCUGUAACUAAAGGUCAAACAAUUAUACGUCAAGGUGAAGAUGGUGACUAUUUCUAUAUAAUCGAAAGUGGAAAUUACGACAUUAUUAUCAAUGAUGAAGUGAUUGGAAGUUAUGCUGGAUCUGGUUCAUUUGGUGAAUUAGCACUUAUGUACAAUACACCUCGUGCUGCUACAAUUAUCGCUAAAGCAGAUGGUAUACUAUGGUCUGUUGAUAGAACAACAUUUCAACACAUAGUAUUAAGACAAGCAUUUCUUAAACGACAACUUUAUGAAAAUUGGCUGUCUUCAGUUCCACUUUUAGCAAGUUUAAGUGCCUAUGAACGUGCAAAUUUAGCCGAUGCUUUAGGAAGUCAUACUUACGAAGAUGGGGCUGUAAUUAUUCAAGAAGGUGAACCAGGAGAAGAAAUGUAUUUUAUUGAGGAUGGAUGUGUGGAAAUAUCAGCUAAAAACUGUAAAGGAGAAGAAGUUGUCCUCAAACAGUUGCAUAAGAAUGACUAUUUCGGCGAACUCGCAUUGAUUCUACAUGUACCCAGGAUAGCUUCAGCUCGUGCAGUCGGCAGAACUAAACUAGCAGUAUUGGAUGUAUCAAGUUUUGAACGCCUGAUGGGUCCGUGUGUAGAAAUUAUGCAACGUGAAAUGGGACAUUAUCGCAGUCAACUAAUCGAAAGUUUGGGACCUGAUGAAAUACGUAAUAUUCCUUCAUUGGCUAAAUUUGUAGAAUCUCAGAAACAUUAAUCACAGAUGACAUUGCUAUUUGAUACUUUAUUACUAUUAUUAUUAUUAUUACAGUAGUAGUAUCAUCAUCAUCACUAUUCUUUACCAUCUUAUACUGCUUAAUUAUAAGCAGGCUGUUGUCUUUUUUGAUUUUUGACUGGAAUUCAAUCAGUCAGCAUCUUAAGCAAAUUGUUGUUUCAAAUAUCUUUUCUUUCUUUGCUUAACUUUAAUUUGCUCACUUAUAUUCUAAUGUGGGGAUAUCAGACAAAAUAAAAUUAUUAUAAUUUAAAAAACGUAGAGCAAUAAUUGUUCUCAUAUUCUUCUUUCUUACUGCAUUACGAUUUUAUAUUGUUCUGAGUGGAUAUUUAUUCUUUUUUUAAAAGAAACUUACGUAGUGAAAAUCAAUGAGGAUAUGCUUCAGUGUUCAUGGUUGCCCGUCGUUGUAUUCAUACAUCUUUAUGUGUAUAUAUAUGUAUACCUACUUCAGUACAUGGAGUUGUAUUUUUAACCAUGAUGGGGGUGGUGUCUCACUGAGACAAUUUCUUUCAUAAAUACAUAAGAAUCAUAAGCAAAAUGAAAUUACAGUUAUUGUUUUGUUUAUUCAGUUUGUCGAAUAUUUUUUUCUUGUCUUCACUUCACUAAGCAUAUACUACUUUAUUAUGUACUACUUAAAUUCUUUGUGAAAUCUUUUUAAAAUUAAAUUGAUUUCUUUUUUUUUAUGGGCCUAUUUAACAGCUGAAACACAAAAAAAGAAGACGAGAAUUAAUGGUUAUUACUGUUCUAAGUAUAUUCAUUGCUGUAAUUGUUGUUGUUGUUGUUUUGUACCUUUAUUAUUGUUAAUAUUGCUUAUUAUUUCUAGUGAAAUUAGUGUAUACUUUUGUGUAUGUUUGCACUUUUAAAUAACAUUUUGAUGUUCAAUUGUUGGUGGAAAAGAUAAAAAAAUCUUCCACAAUUAUAAAUUUAUAAAGUUGAAUAAACUUUUCAGUUAUGUAAUUGUAUAAGUCUUUGUUUAUUAUUUUCUUUUUCUUUUUUUGUAUGCCUAACUGAAUCAGUAAAGUUUUUUGUUUUUCUUUGAAGAAGGUUUGCCGUCAACUGCUUCAUAUUUCCUUGUACUUCUUUGAGUAGAUGAAUGAAGACAAUUAAAUGUUGAUAAAAUGUUAGACUUUGCAAAUUAAAUAGUUUAUAGCUGAUUGUAUUUUUCUGGUUAUAAAUUUGUUUUGAAUAAGUCUAUUUAGUUAUAAAUAAAGUCAGAGACUUGAUACCUGAA